UAAAAGCCAUCUUGGCUUAUGUUUUUUUCUUCAUCCUUGGGACUGCUUCAAUUCCAAUUCGAAGUCCUACUACACCUUAAUCAGAAUACAAAACCCUAAAAAUUCUUACUAAUUUGAAACCAAUAAGUAACUUUCAUGCUCUUAUUCUUGUAUGAGUCAGAUAGUUAACGAUUCAGCCUGGUCCGAGAUGGAACAGCUUGCACAACAAGACCCGGACCCUCAUCAUGUCCGACCCGAACAACCGGAGCUCGACCUCUACACCAUUCCAAGUCACUCCAGUUGGUUUUUGUGGGACGAAAUCCAUGACACUGAGAGAAUUUAUCUGAAAGAGUUCUUUGAUGGAAGCUCAUUCUCCAGAACGCCCAAAAUUUACAAAGAGUAUAGGGAUUUCAUCAUCAACAAGUACAGAGAAGAUCCAUCUAAAAGGCUUACGUUCACAGAGGUUCGUAAAUCUCUGGUGGGUGAUGUUAAUUUGCUCCAUAGGGUUUUUCUUUUUCUUGAGAAGUGGGGUUUGAUUAACUUAGGUGCAUCUUCGGGUGAUGAAGAUGGUUCUGAGGUUUUGGUUGAAGAGGGGUCUAAUGUUAAGAUCGAAGAAGGAGUGCCAAAUGGAAUUCGGGUGGUCGCAAUGCCGAAUUCGAUCAAACCCAUUACAGCUCAAGCUACUUUGAAGAAUAAGACGGAACCAGUUGAUAAUGGAGUUAAAUUGCCUCCUCUUUCAUCGUAUACAGACCUUUUUGCUGAUUUAAUGAAGCAGAAGGAGCUGGUUUGUGGCAACUGUGGUGAUCGUUGUACUUCUGGAUACUACAAGUGUACCGAGGGUGAUUUCUUGAAUUGCACCAAGUGUUUCCAAAAUGAAAGUUAUGGGGAGAAUAAGUCUGUUGAAGGUUACACAUUUAUUGAGUCCAUUCAAGACAGUGGUCAUCAUGAAGCUGUUUGGAAUGAAUCUGAAACGCUGCUUCUCUUGGAAUCUGUUAUGAAGUAUGGGGAUGACUGGGAGCUUGUUGCUCAAAAUGUUCCCACCAAGACCAAACUUGAUUGUAUUGCCAAACUCAUUGAGCUACCUCUUGGGGAGAUUUUGGGUUCUGCUACCCAUAAAAAAGUUAAUUCCAAGGAUGUCAAUGGCAACUUGAACAGUUCGAAGCAGGUUGAAUCAAUCUCAUCCGAGAAUCAAGAGAUUGUCAAUACUGGGGAACAACAGGAUGAGAAGACACAUGUGGGUGAACAGAAUGGAGAUACCGUAGAACAUGAGCCUCCUCUAAAAAGACAACGAAUUGAUCCCCUAUCGAGUCUUGGUGGUUCACUGAUGAAACAGGUAGCUCUUUUGUCAACUGAGGUUGGUCACCAUAUCACUGCUGCUGCAGCUGAGGCUGCUGUUACUGCUUUAUGUGAGGAGAUUUCAUGUCCAAGGGAGUUAUUUUACGGUGAUGAUGAUUCAGUAACUAAUGAGUUACAAACUCUGAUUUCAGAUACUGAGAGAGUCUUGGAGGUUGAAGAUUCAAAGAUGGAAGGAGGGCCUACUCAAUCAGAUAAUCAUGGCAAGCCAGUUGAGAAAGAUGAUAUACCACUGACAUUGCGAGUUAGAACCGCUGUUGCAACAGCGCUUGGCGCAGCUGCUGCUCGUGCAAAAUUACUGGCUGAUCAAGAAGAAAGGGAGAUUGAACAUCUAGUGGCAACCAUAGUUGGCUCUGAGAUGAAGAAGUUGCAUUGCAAAAUCAAGCAUUUUGAAGACUUGGAGGUGAUGAUGAAGAAGAAGCAUGCUGAAAUGGAGGAAAUGGAAGAUAUUCUUCUAGAAGAGCGAAUUAAUGUUUUACAACAGGCAUUUACUGCUGGUAUACCUAGAUGGAAGGAUCACCCUAUUGUUAAAUCUUAGGAUGCAUCUAUAUUCUCUUGUAGUAGUAGGAGGAGCCAAAAUAGUCAACAAUCUAAUCCUAUGCAUUCUCGAAGCUUCCCGCACUUUUCAAUCCAUUAACAUAGAAAAGAAAUGCUUGUACUUCUACAAACACAGUUGGACAUGUAUAUCAGGGGUGAACUGUUUGUAACUAGUAAAAAUGCCAUAAUUUGGAGAUAAGGUUAAUGACCCAUUAAUUUAGCAGAAGAAUGAAAUGGUUUUACAA